AUGCUGCGCGAAUGGCUGGAGGGCUGGAGGAGGGAAGCGAACCACGUGUUCCAGCUCUGCAACUGCGAGAAGGACCUGGAUCAGCCUCCCAUCUCGCGCGCGUCGAGGACGCUGGGCCCCGGCUUCGUGGAGGUCACCGCCUACACGCCACUGUACGAGAGGGCAGGGGAGCGUCAGGAGACGCGGAUCCCGCUGCUAGAUGGGCGAAGUGCGAACGAGGCGAAGAGGAUGAGGGGAGCGCAGCUGCUAGCGUCUGGUGGGCGAACCGUGAGCUCGGACCCCAAGGGAGUGAUGUACGAACCCAACACCCUCCAGCCUGUCUUCGGCUCGGUGCCUGACUUGAAUCCCAGUGAGUAUCACUACCGCAAGGAUGCUAGAGAGUACUUGGACAGGCUGCAUGACGACAUCGUGUUCGAAGAAGACUCCACUGCCUUGUCCACACUGGGCUUGAUCCUCCUGGGAAGAUUCAUUUACUUCGUGAUCCCUGGAGGACCCGCCGACGUCACCAUGUCGGACGGGUCGAGACUUGCAUGCAAGGACGAGAUCCUGUUUGUCAAUGACGAGCAUGCGACGGAAGACAACAUUGGGAGGUUGCUGAAAGGCUCAGAUCAGCCUGGUACGUCAGUGCAGGUCGCGGUGAAGAAGGCAACAUGGUUUGGCGAAGAGAUCCUGGAGCGAGUGAUAGUCGUUCGGGAGGAUUAUCCGAAGAUAGAAGUGGACUAA